CCCCUUUAUGCCCCAAAAUUCUACCCCUCCCCUUUAUACUGAGUUUCUGGGGUUGUGUAUUAUCAUUGUCAUUAUUGCCAUUAUCUUUCUUCUUGACUUUCUGGCAGGGUUUCCCCCAAAGAGCCCUCUGCGCUCCCGCCAAAUUGCACGCAGCAACAUCUGCUUUGUGGAAUUGGGACCCCUUUCCCCCCAAAAAAACCCACCCACAUUAUCUCUUCUUAAUAAGGAUGCCUUGAGACGGAUAACUCCGUCCUCCCAUCCCACCCCUGGAAACUUGUCUUUACAGACCCUCUCAAAAUAACAUUGCAAAACCUUACCUGCCACCUUUUGUGCAACGCUGCAAAACCUUACUUGCUCAGCUCUUAACCUAAGCACAACCGAGGCCCUGUUGACCAGCUCUUGCCCACCCACUAUCCCCAAAUCUCUUCUGGUCGCUGGGGACAUCUCCCCAUUUCUGAAGGCUAAACACAGUUGUUGGUUCAUAGCCAGAGUGGCCCGGCAGGUGCGUGGGUGGUUUCUCCCCCCAAACAUUUCUUUACAUUUCCUCUUCCCCUGCCCCUUUGAAAGGAGAGGUGUCCUUAUUUCCAUUAUCCUUUAACACCCUAUACACUUUCCUUUGACAGAGGAGAUAAGCACUGAGGGGCAUAGACAAGUCCUAGAGACCUGUUAGAUGUCCUGCUGACCCAUUAGCUUUCCCCUCCCACCCCACAACACCCCAGAAAAGCCAGGAAGGGGAAGUAGUUCUCUGAGAUUUCUCUCAUUUGACCCCUCAGUGUUUGCAUCUGCACGGUGAGUAGAGGGGUCUGUCUCCCCCUCAAGCAGUCCUCCCAUUGUUGGGAACAUUUCCCUGAAGUUAGGAGGAAACGAUUGCACCCUUUGGGAGCUGGGGUGGCUCCCCAGGGCUUUCGUCAUGGCUGGUGCCAUUGCAUCGCGCAUGAGUUUCAGCUCACUGAAGAGAAAGCAGCCCAAGACCUUCACGGUGCGGAUUAUCACCAUGGAUGCUGAGAUGGAGUUCAACUGUGAGGUCAAGUGGAAAGGAAAGGACCUGUUUGACCUGGUGUGCAGGACACUGGGACUCCGCGAAACGUGGUUCUUUGGCCUGCAAUACAUGAUCAAAGACACAAUGGCAUGGCUCAAGAUGGAUAAGAAGGUCCUGGACCACGAUGUUCCAAAGGAGGAGCCGGUCACUUUUCACUUCCUGGCCAAGUUUUACCCAGAGAAUGCAGAAGACGAGCUUGUUCAGGACAUCACUCAACACUUAUUUUUCCUUCAAGUGAAGAAGCAGAUAUUGGAUGAGAAGAUUUCCUGUCCCCCAGAGGCAUCUGUCCUCCUUGCCUCUUACGCAGUCCAAGCCAAGUAUGGUGACUACGAUCCCACUGUUCACAAGCGUGGCUUCUUGGCCCAAGAAGAGUUGCUCCCAAAGCGGGUGAUAAACUUAUACCAGAUGACCCCGGAAAUGUGGGAAGAAAGAAUAACAGCUUGGUAUGGCCAACAUCGAGGCAGAGCCAGGGAUGAAGCUGAAAUGGAGUACCUGAAGAUUGCCCAGGACCUCGAGAUGUAUGGCGUGAACUACUUUGCAAUCCGGAAUAAGAAAGGAACCGAGCUGCUGCUGGGUGUGGAUGCCUUGGGCCUGCACAUAUAUGAUAUGGAAAACAGGCUGACCCCCAAAAUUUCAUUUCCGUGGAAUGAGAUUCGGAACGUCUCUUACAGCGAUAAGGAGUUUACGAUAAAGCCUCUGGACAAAAAGAUCGAUGUCUUCAAAUUCAACUCUUCAAAGCUGCGUGUGAAUAAGCUGAUCUUGCAGCUGUGCAUUGGAAACCAUGACCUGUUCAUGAGGAGGAGGAAAGCAGACUCCCUGGAAGUCCAGCAGAUGAAAGCCCAAGCCCGGGAGGAGAAGGCCAGGAAACAGAUGGAACGCCAGCGUUUAGCUCGAGAGAAGCAGAUGCGGGAAGAGGCAGAGCGGACGAGGGACGAGUUGGAGAGGAGGCUGCUGCAGUUGAAAGAUGAGGCGACGAUGGCUAACGAAGCCUUGAUGAGAUCCGAAGAAACGGCCGACUUACUGGCCGAGAAAGCUCAGAUCACGGAAGAGGAAGCGAAGCUCCUGGCUCAGAAAGCCGCCGAGGCGGAGCAGGAGAUGCAGCGGAUCAAAGCCACGGCUAUCCGGACCGAGGAGGAGAAACGGCUGAUGGAGCAGAAGGUGCUGGAGGCAGAGAUGCUGGCGCUGAAGAUGGCGGAAGAGUCGGAGCGAAGGGCGAAGGAGGCCGAUCAGCUCAAGCAGGACCUCCAGGAAGCUCGAGACUCUGAGCGAAGAGCCAAGCAGAAGCUAUUGGAAAUAACCAGCAAGUCGUCUUACACACAGCCGAUGAACUCAAGCUCAACGGCGCUCCCUGCUGACAUGCCAACCUUCAACCUCAUCAGCGAAAGCCUCUCCUUUGACUUCAAGGAUACUGACAUGAAGAGGUUGUCCAUGGAGAUAGAGAAAGAGAAGGUGGAGUACAUGGAGAAAAGCAAGCACCUCCAGGAGCAGCUGAACGAGCUGAAGACUGAGAUCGAGGCUCUGAAGCUGAAGGAGAGGGAGACGGCGAUGGACAUCUUGCACAGCGAGAACAACGAGCGGGGUAGCAGCAAGCACAAUACCAUCAAGAAGCCUCAAGCCCAGGGCAGAAGACCUAUCUGCAUUUGAGACCUUCCAACUCACCUUGCAGAGCACAAAGUCCCGUGUGGCCUUCUUCGAGGAGCUCUAGUAAGCGAGCCGGUUCUUUGCUCCUGAGCCAGCGCCCGACUGAUGCGGACCCUCCGUUUGAAGACUCAGCCAUAGCCGGCCACGAAUCCCUCCUUCCUGGCUGCCCCCUGAACUGUGACCCCCUCUUCGCGCAUUUUCGAAGAGUUUGGCGUGAUGCUCCCCUGCUUCGUACUUUUGCAGUUUCUUUGUUUUUUAAUAAUCUUUGUAUAACACACGACUGUGACAUACCAUUUAGCUUCUUCUUCCUUUCUUUUUAAAGUGUUUGUAUUGAUUGUGACUUGUAUUAACGUGCUCCCAAGACGGGAUGGGUGGGGGCACCAGCAUGAGACCCCUUUUCACUUCCCGCCUCUCUGUAGGGGCACGACAACGCUCCUUCCUGCGGACGAGAGAGGCGGCUCUUUCCCAUCAAGGAGCCUUUAACAUCUAGUAUUCUCUGUCGGCUAGUGCAAGACCCCUCGUGCUCGCGGGUAGCAGUGUUUAAAGCUUGCACGGCAAAGGGAUCCGGCGCAACAGUUGCACCAGACGAAGCUUGUUGGGGAACAGCCGAUCCUGGCGCAACAGCCGGUUCUUGUUGCGCGAUCCGUUGUGCCGCCAUCGAGGGUGCUGCACUCCCGUUCCCCCUUGCGCAAGAAGGACACUGCUAAGUGACUUCAACUUAGCCCCCUACGUUCUGAACCAAAUGGAAGGAUCAUCAGGGAGCCUCUUUUAGACGUCAAGCUCUCUCCUUCCUUCUGAACCAAGCUGGCAGAGGGUCAUUGAGUGGGCUCUGAAGGAAGCUGUCUUCAGCUGAGUCAGACCACUGGGUCCAUCUAGCUCAGUAGUGUCCACACCAAUUGGCAGCGUCUUUCCAGGAUUUCGGGCAGGGGGUAUCUCCCAGCAAAAGCAGAUGGUCCUUCCCCUAUGCCGUCUUGACCUCGGUUGCAUACAGAGAGGUCAAACUCUGUACAAGGCUGGUGCUCAGUGUUUAAAAAUCCCAGGUUGUUUUGUGGUUUUUUUUUGCACUUUUUGUUUCAAGGCGUAUCAUUUUAAUCACAGGAUUUGGGGUGGGGGUGGGGGAUUGUGCAAAAAUUUGCUUCUCACAAGAAGUAGGAUAGCAUCAGGAACAGGGAGGGCGAAGUAUGGGGAAUGGGGGGGCCCAGAAGCCCCAACCCAAGGUGCUGUGGAAUAUACCGGGUCUUUAGAUGCACAACAACAGAGCCCCUCCGCCAUUUGACCCCUGCGAGAUGUCCUGCCCCCCCCCCCCGCUAAUCCACUGUGGAAUUUUGAAUUCUUAAUGGACAGGGCAGGUGCCUCUUUGUAAAGAUUUCUCUUUUUUGCUUUUUAAAGUUAAAUUGAGUACUAGACUGCAGUGGCUUCAUGCCUGAGAAAAUACGUGUAGCUUUGCAAGAACACUCAGCAUUCACUCCUGUGGGAUGACUGUCAGGGAGCAACAUGCAUACACAAAGCUACUCUCCCUCUCCCUCAGACACAAAUCCCUUUCCUUCUCAGCUUCUAGCAUUCUGAUCUUCGGUCAUUUAAAAAGGAAACCCGCGACUCUUUGUGUACUGCAAUACCUCAGCGAGAGAGACGAUCUCUCUCGCUCAAAAGCCUCAGAUGAAUUUUCUAGCUUCCAAGCCUUUGUGUUGCCCCUGGUCCCGUUGAUCUCCUUUUUGUGCUGCUAUCAAGGGAUGCAAUGACUAAAGGGGCCUGCCAUUUUAAAGGUGGAGUUUCUAUCACUCUCAAAGUGGUGCUGUUACCAAAAUAAACAUAAAACCCCAGCCAUGUUAGUUUCCCACUUCCAACAUGGCCACUACCCCUGUAGGCUCACCUUGUCUUGCCUUUCCUCGUUUUCUGAUCGGUCGAAACGAUGGAUUCGUACAUGUUCGAAAGGAGGAGGAGUGGAGGGACCAGUGGGAGGCUGAGCUUAUAAACAAAAGGUUGUUUCUGGGGUUACUAGUAGCAGCACAGUGAGAAAGGCCCAGUCAGUCUGAACCUGGCCAUCUUGUUUGAAAGAUGCCGGAUUAAAGGUGCAUUGGGUGGUGCCCUGUUCAGGAUCCUCAAAACACCGACUUUGGUUCUGCCUUGCCUCACUCAAAAUUGGAUGUAAGCAGUUGGAGUUUCUGAACUGCUGAAAAGAGAGGCUCUUGCUUUUCCAGGCAAGUAAGAGAAAUAAAACACUUGACGAAAGUUUAGGAUUGGACAAAUUCUUGGAGGAUCAGUCUAUCAACGGCCACUAGCCAUGAUGGCUGGGUUCCACCUCCACUGUCAGAGGCCGUAUGCCUCCGAAUGCCAGUAACGGGGGAAUCACAAGUGCAGACAGUUGCCGUUGUGCUCAGAUCCUGCUUGUUGGCUUCCCAUUGGAGCAUCUGGUUGGCCACCGUGAGAACAGGAUGCUGGACUAGAUGGGCCAUUGGCCUGAUCCAGCAGCCAGGCACUUCUGAUGUUCUUACAGCAGCUAUCUCUGUCUUUUGCCGGUAAUGGCAAACCAUGUUUUGGCUUAGUUUGUCAAAGCCAUUUUACAGUCGCUUUUUUAGCUUUUUUAAGAGCAAACUAAAACGUUUUUUGAAAUGCUGGUGUGCAUCCUCACUUCACAUGGGCUGUGGCCCAAAUCGUUGUACUGUGCAUUUAUCUGAAUCCUUGAGAGAGCCACGGCACUUGCAGUAAAACAGGGCUUUGUUUCUUUAGACGGCUGCCUUGGGUGUUACUCCAGCGGUGUUCAGCCAUUAGUAAUUGGGCCAGAUCUGCAGAGCUCUUUGUUGCCAGAGUCCUGACCAUAGCUGCCAAGUUUUCCCUUUUCUCGCGAGGAAGCCUAUUCAGCAUAAGGGAAAAUCCCUUAAAAUAAGGGAUAACUUGGCAGCUAUGGUCCUGACCCACCCUCCACUAUCGAUAGAGGGCUGCCAGUGCCUUCUAGCCACGAUGGCUUUGCUCUGGAGGCAGUGAUGUUUCUGAAUCCCACUUGCUGAAAGUCACAAGAGGAGAGACUGCUCCUGCCCUCAUAUUCUGCUUUCUGAGUUUCCCAGGGGCGUCCGGUUGACCCCUGGGCAUAGCUGCCAAGUUAUCCCUUUUUAAAAGGGAUUUUCCAUUAUGCUGAAUAGGCUUCCUCGCGAGAAAAGGGAAAACUUGGCAGCUAUGCCCCUGGGAGAACAGGAUGCUGGACUAGAUGGGCCACUGGCCUGAUCCAGCUGGGCUCUUCUGGACCUCACUGCUGAAAUGCUCAAAAGACCACGUCCCAGACUUAAAGAUAUGGCCUGUGCCCACCCUGCAUUGGUGGCACAUCAUUUUAAGCUGGGUUUUCUCUGCAUCACAUAUUCGCAAACACUUUUCGGAAGCAGGCAAGUCAGGCCCUGGAACCACGCGUGAGUCGAAGUUGCUUUUUUCUGCAUUGCCUAUCCAGGGAUUGCCAAUCUUCUUUUUUAAAAAAAUUGGGCAAUUUUGGAUUUUGGAGUGGGUGGUGUGGGUGCCACUCCCUCUGGUUAGUUCUCUCGUUCACCCAAGCGUUGUCCGACCUCUCUUGUUGCAUUUGGCUCCUGUACUGCAAAUUGGGCAACCAUGGAGUAAAAGGCAAGGAGGGUGUGAGAUGGUGGAGACAGCUUUGCUGCCUGAAAUACGAAACAGCAGCUGACCCUCAGCAUGGUCUCUGACUGGAGGUAGGUAAUGGCCUUCCAGAUGUUGUUGAAGUCAUCAUCCCUGGCCAUUAGAUCUUGGUGGCUUCUGGGAAUUAGUAGUCAACAGCAACAACAACUGGAGGGCCAGGCAUUCCUUGCCCUUAAAUUAGGGUGUGGGGGCCCAGCCUUCAGACACAUUUGAUCUCUGGGGCCUCAUGUCACUGGAUCCCAGACAUGCAACUAGCCCAGAUGUUCAACCCAGAGUUUGGUUCAACAACCUUUCCCCCACCCCGACUUGUUUUUGCAGAUGGGAGUUUGUCUCUCUUGAUACUAUUAUUUUUUACAAAAAAAGUUUGUACUGAAUCUUGAAAAUGUAUAUCUGAAAUUCAGAUAUCUGGCGCAUCCUCAACCCCCCCCCAUUGUGUUGUUUCCUUAAGAGGGGUCUUGAUAUGGACAGACCCUAUUUUCUAUUCCCAUGGAUUGUUAUAUACUCUGCAGAAUUGAUUUGUUUCUCAUUUGGGGUUUUAAUAAAAAUUCCAAGCACUUGGA